GCCGGCUGCAGAUGGAGGUGCUCAGCGACCUGCUGGCUGUUGCCGUGCGGGCUGGCGACCCCUUGGCCGCAUGGGCCGCUGCUGCCAGGCUGCUGAGAGGCUUCUACCCGCUCAUUCUGCCGCAGAGCCAGGUGUCUCUAGCCCAGGCGCUCACAUCAGCCAGUGAGAGGCUGCCAGCUGGCACGCGCUGCCCGACCUCGCUCUUCCCUUCGUGAGGUUCCAUGCGUUCGCCACGGCCCCGCAGCAGACCCAGGUGGUGAAGCGGGUGCGCGGGAAGCGCGACUGGUGGGUGGGGGCGGGCGGGGGGGGGGUCCGUUCAUCUACACGCCCUUCACGACGCGCGCCGCCAAUGUGAAGCCGGACAUGGUGUGGAUCGUGGGAGAGGUUGCGCAGGUCAUUGUCGAGCUCUCCAACCCCUGCGCCUGUGCCGUCGACAUUGAGUCCAUCUAUCUGAAUGUUGACGGGGACUUCCACGCGUUUCCUGCAUCGCUCUCGCUUCGCCCGAACACGUACUCACACCUGCUGACGCUGUCGGGGUUGCCUCGGUCCCCUGGGGUGAUCACGGUGCAGGGCUGUUUCCUGCAGUCGUUUGGCGUGCUCACGGACC